AUGUCUCUGAACGUUCCGGGCCUGAUCGUCAUGGCGAUCUUCUACUUGCUGAUCCUAGGCACGGGGAUCUGGGCCUCGAUGCGCUCCAAGAAGGUGGAGAGGAAGUGCACCGGGUCGGACGGGAUGGAGAUCACGCUGCUUGCCGGACGCAACAUCAACCUGUUGGUGGGGAUCUUCACUCUGACUGCUACGUGGGUUGGAGGAGGGUUUAUCCUGGGUAUAGCGGAGGCUGUCUACAACCCCACCCUGGGUCUGGUCUGGGCUCUGAUGCCAGUCCCCUACGUACUCACCUUCUUCCUGGGUGGUUUUUUCUUCGCCAAGCCAAUGAGGGAAAACAAGUAUGUGACGAUGAUGGACCCGUUCCAGAUAAAGUAUGGCAACGUCCUGAGCAGCCUGCUCAUCUUCCCAGCGCUCAUUGCAGACGUCCUGUGGGUCGCUAGGACGCUGGUCAGCCUAGGUGGCACUAUGAGUGUGAUUCUGGACCUGCCCUAUGUCUACUCCAUCUGUAUCAGCUCUGUGGUGGCCAUCAUCUACACUCUACUGGGAGGACUCUACUCUGUAGCCUACACCGACGUCAUCCAGCUCAUCCUCAUCUUCCUCAGUCUGUGGAUCUGUGUGCCAUUUAUGAUGACCAACCCAAACUCCAUGGACAUCACUCUGACCGCAUUCAACGAGACGUUCCAGGCCCCCUGGGUCGGCAAGCUGGAGCUGAGAGACGCGGGGAAGUGGAUUGACGACUUCAUGGUUCUGGCUCUGGGAGGCCUGGCCUAUCAGGCCUUCUACCAGAGGAUCCUAUCAGCGUCGUCCUACACCCAGGCUCAGGUCACCUGCUUCGCCUCCUCAGCUUUCUGCCUGGUGCUGGGCAUCCCGUCUGUCUUGGUGGGGGCUGUCGCUGCAUCCACAGACUGGAACCUGACUAGCUAUGGUUCUCCGACCCCAUACGAGCGCGGCCAGGCCGGGUCCAUCCUCCCCAUCGCCCUGCAGUACCUCACCCCCUCCUACGUCUCCAUCAUCGGCAUCGGGGCCGUCGCUGCCGCCGUGAUGUCAUCCAUGGACUCCGCCCUCCUCAGCUCCGCCUCCAUGUUCUCCUCCAACAUCUACAAGAAUAUCAUCAGGAAUCAGGCCUCAGACAGGGAGAUGCAGUGGGUGAUCCGUACCUCGGUGGUGGUGUGUGGCCUGGCGGGGACGGCCCUGACCUUCCUGGAUAACAGUGUUCUGGUUUUCUGGCUGGUGGGCGUUGACAUGUCCUACACCAUCAUGUUCCCACAGCUUGUCUGUGUCCUCUUCUUCAAGGUGUCCAACGGUUACGGUGCCAGUGUGGGGUAUGUCCUAGCGUUGGUCCUCCGUAUCCUGAGUGGGGAACCCCUCAUCAACCUUCCCCCUGUCAUCCACUUCCCUGGGUUCAGGAAGGACGCGGAGGGCGUGAUGACCCAGUUCUUCCCGUUCCGUACCACCAUCAUGCUGACGUCUCUCUGCUCCAUCCUCAUCACCUCCUGCGUCACCUCCGUCAUCUUUAACAAGGGGCUGCUGUUGGAGAGGCGGGACGUGUUUCAGAUCAAGAGGUCGCAGGCCAAAGUGACGGCGCUGACCAAGCUUAAGAAAGAGGAGAGUAAAAAGGACUACGCGAAGGCCAAGGAGGCGGUGGUGAACAAACAGCUUCUGGACACCAGCUGCUGA